AUGCGGCCACUGAGAGCCGCAGGCGCCUCUAGCAGAACCGCGACAACUGCGACAGCUGCCUGCUUUCACACUACAACAUCAUUGCUGGCUCGCCAGCGGCCGCGGGUCCACGAAAAGAAGAGGCCAGCAGAUCCGCAAGUACCGUACUCAUGGCAGCCUUUUGAAGUGCCAGAUGUGGUCCUCGACCUGGACAGUUGGGACAACCCAAUCGCACGGCCGUACAACGCGGAUGAAAUGUCCGCUCAGCGGAAGAAAUGGGAGCAGAACCCCCAGAUCGACGCCACGUGGAAACGAAUCAAGAAUUUCGAAAAAGAACGCCAACAUGCUAGCGAAAGGUUCGCCAAGGUCAGCGCCGGCGAUCCCUGGCAUCAACACUGGCAGGUCACGGAUCUCGACAUCAUGACGGCUGCUCUGAGAGGCCCUCCGAGAGUUCACGAACGCCAAACAGAGGAAUGGCCGCAUCAGAAUGAAGCUCUCGGUGUUCUGAGGUCGGUUGCUUGGAAGAAUGGAAUUCCGUCAACCACCUUUCAAGACGACAAGAACUUUUUAAGCUGGCUGCUCCAAAGAAGGUCCACCAUGACGUCUUCGCCACUGAGGCGACAACGGGACAUUCGCUCCUUCAUUCGACGACUGCAGGAUCUCAAGAAUCUCAAGCGCUACCUCCAGUUCCUACUGCAACAUGGCGACAAGGGACUCCAGCUCAUUCAUCAAGCCGACAAAGACAUCACUCUCGUAUUAUCUCAGCUUCUCUCCGACCCGAAGGGAAACCUUCAGUCUCUCGCCGACUUCUUGCCUUUUCUUAACAGCAUCUUUGCCCUCCAGGAACAUCAGGGUUUGCCUGUUGGCCAGGGUCUCUGCGGUAUCUGUCUGAUCGUAUCUGCCCAGGCAUUCCAGCUACCUGCAGUCGCGAGAUAUCUUAAGCUAGGGCUGAAAGAGGGCCACUGGGUUGGAGAGGGUUCCUCUGCUUCCGAUGUGAAGACUGCUGUAGAAGCACUGAAUCGGUGCUGGAGCAAGGCAAAUCACUCCUCUGUUCUGGACAGUUCCGAAGCGAUUCUCCGCCGUCUGCUCGGAACGGAUUUGGUGAAACAUAGCACAGCUUCUUUCCGUUUCGUUGCGCAGCAUCAUCUCGAGGACGAAGGACUGCAGCAGCAGUUCUCACAGCUGCUAAGUCGCGCGGGUCUCGCCUCUUCGGUAGCCGACUCAUGA